AUGGGGUCGGAUAGUGAUUCUGAUUCCAACUCGAGCAGCAAGAGCAGCAACAGUGGAAGCAGCAAAAGCAGUGGAAGCAGCAGCAACAGCGGAAGCAGCGGAUCCAAAAGCAGCAGGAGCAGCAAAAGCAGUGGCAGCGAUUCGGCAAGUCAAGCCACCAGUGCCUCGGGCAGCUCCAGGUCUGGCAGCGACUCGGAAAGCAAGGCAAGCGCUAGCUCCAGAUCUGGAUCGGGCAGCGACUCGGAGAGUAAGGCCAGUGCCAGCUCUGCGGGUAGCAGCAAGUCUAGCAAAUCCAGUGGAUCCAAAACUAGCGCUAGUUCCAGGGGCAGUGGCAGCAGUCACAGCUCCAAAACCAGUGCCAGUUCCAAAACCAGUGCCAGUUCCAAGGGGAGUAGCGCUAGUUCGAAAACCAGUGCUAGCUCCAAGAGUAGUGCUAGUUCCAAGACCAGCGCCAGUUCCAAAGGAAGUGCCAGCUCCAAAGGUAGCAGCGCCAGCUCCAAAACCAGUGCUUCCGGGAAGUCUGGCUCUGGAUCCGAGUCUGGAAGCAAGGGUUCUGAUGCUGGUAGCAAGAGCAGCAAAAGCAGCAAGAGCAGUAAGGGAAGCGACGAUGGUAGCAAGGAAGGCUCCGAUGCCGGAAGCAAAAGUAGUAAAAGCAGCAAAGGAAGUAAGAGCAGCAAGAGUAGUAAAGGAUCUGAUGCUGGGAGCAAAGGCUCUGAUGCUGGGAGCAAGAGCAGCAAAAGCAGUAAAGGAUCUGAUGCCGGUAGCAAGAGCAGCAAAAGUAGUAAAGGAUCUGAUGCUGGGAGCAAGAAAGGCUCUGAUGCUGGGAGUAAAGAUGGUUCUGAUGCUGGCAGCAAGGACAAGUCCGAAGCUGGAAGUAAGGACAAAUCGGAUGCUGGCAGCAAGGACAAGUCUGAUGCUGGAAGCAAAGACAAAUCGGAUGCUGGCAGCAAAGGCAAAUCAGAGGCAUCCAGCAAGAAAGGAUCCGAAAAAGGAUCCGAUGCUGGUAGCAAGAAAGGAUCGGAUUCUGGUAGCAAGAAAGGAUCAGAUUCGGGCAGCAAGAAAGGAGCAGAUGCUGACAGCAAAGAAGCAUCCGAUGCAGGUAGCAAGAAGGAGGGCGAAGAGGUGAUGGUUUCGCCUCUCACAAGCGUUUCGCCCCUCUCCCAUGCCUCGCAACACGAAGCAGCCAAGGAGGGUUCAGAAAGCAAAGAUGCCUCGGAGAACAAGGACGCAUCAGAAAGCAAAGAUGUAUCAGACAGCAAGCACAGUUCCAAAGGUGGCAAGGAGACCCCAAGCUCCUCCAGUGGCAAACAAAGCUCAAGUGGCAAAGAUACCCCGAGUAGCAAGGACGCUUCGGAAAGCAAGGAGGCUUCUGAAAGCAAAGGAACAUCAGAUAGCGAAGACGUUACUUCGGAAAGCAAGACCACAUCAGAAGGCAAAGUAACUUUCGAGAGCCCAUCUGAAAGCAAGCAAGCUACAACUGAUACAGACGAAAAGAAUGACGAUGACGGCUCAAGUAAGGACGAAUCAAGUGAAGAUGAACAAGAAGACGACGGAGAAGACACUAUAGAAACACCUCCCGAAAAACCCAAGAAGUCCAAAGGCGGUGGCGGAGGCGGAGGCGGAAAGGGGGGCUCCAGACCGAAGCUGGCUGAUCAGCCACAGAAGAAGAGCUUUUUUGCUCGAAUGUUUGGUACGGGUAAAAGCCCCGAACCCGAAGUCGUGGUCGAAUCUGAGGAGGAAGAGUCAUCCGAAGAAGAAGUGCAAGCCAAGAAGACAAAGCCUAAGAAGAAGAAAGUUAAGCCAGUACCAAAGAAAGUAAAGAAAAAGAAGCCAAAAGAGUCAGAGAGUGAGGAAGAAGAGGAGGAAAGCAGUGAAGAAGAGAGCUCGGAAGAAGAAAGCUCAGAAGAAUCGAGCAGCGAGGAAACUUCGGAAGAAGAGAGUUCUGACAAGCGAAAGAAGAAGAAGAAAACGUCGGAGUCGACUCCCACUUCUACAGAAGAGUCUGAGGAAAGUGAGGCCCAAAAGAAAGGCAAGAAGACCAAGCGUUCGAAGAGGAAAGGAAGGAAGAAGGACGCUUCGUCAGAUGAAUCGUCUGAAGAUUCAACAACUGACGACGAAUCCUCUGAAUCGUAUCGUCGCAGAAAGCGCCUAGAGAGAAGAGACCGGCGUCGAAUGAGAAAGAGGGCGUUGUUUGGCCGUCGAAGAAGGAGGGAAUAUCUCGACUUUGAUUCCAGCUCAGACGAAUCAUCAGACGUUUCUUCUGUCGAAGAAUCCGAAUCAUCGGAAGAUGAUACUCCCGUGUCGGAGGGCAGGCCUGGUCCAGCUAAGCAAGCAGUGAACUACAACCAGCAACAGUCAAGAACACGGCCGAGACCUCAGCAUCAUAGGCAAGGGCGUCAGGUCAAUUCAAGAAGACCAAAUUCGAAGCCAGUCUUGGUCGUAGUUGACCCUGACGAAGAAUCUCAGAAACGACGUCAGUACAUGGUCAGAGGUUUCUAUUGCGCCAUUGGCGUUGGCAUCCUAAUGCUUUUGGCUGGUAUUGGCGCGGGUAUUCUUGUUUAUUUGCUACUGGACAACAACAACGACAACAACAACAACAAUAACGGUGGCGGCAACACCCAACCUCCAGGCCCUCUGCCUUCGCCAUCCCCGUUGCCUGUGUCGAAUCCGGUUCCUUCCCCGAACAACCCACCAAAUUCGCCACCAGUACCAGCUAUCACCACACCUACGCCAACUCAGGCUCCCAGGACAAGGGACCCUGCGCUUGGACCUCUUACUUCCCCUCCCACUCUUCCAAUUGACCAGCAACUCCAACAGUUGCUGACAUCGAGUGGUCCCAACGGUGAUGAAUUCUUUAGUGACACUGACUCACCGCAAUACGCUGCCUACCAGUGGCUUCUGAACAACGAACGGCUUGAGUUCUACAGCGAUGAAAAACGCCUUUCGAGGUGGGCACUUGCGACGUUUUACUAUAGCACCGAAGGAGACGCAUGGACGAACAAUGACGGGUGGUUGACUGAUCAAGAUGAAUGCUUGUGGUUCUCCACGAGCACCCCUUGCGAUGGAAACCGUGAAUUUGCUGUCCUGUCGCUUGAUUUCAACAAUGUCCAAGGUACCCUACCAGCAGAGCUGUCUCUGUUGAGUGGUGUAACGACGGUAAGCAUCCGGAACGAUUUUGGCUCCGGUGCUUUGGGCGGGCAAAUUCCUACAAGUUUGGGGUCAUUGCCUGCAUUGAAUUCGCUGGUGCUGCGGGGGAAUAGUAUCGGAGGAGAAAUUCCAACUGAGCUAGGUUUAAACACAAGGCUCCAGACGCUCGACUUGCAUAACAAUGAACUUGACGGAAGCAUCCCAACCCAAUUUAGCAGGUUAUCAGGGCUCACCGGCUUGGAUCUGGGAGCCAACAACCUCGUGGGCGAGCUGCCAUUGGAAAUUAUUGCGCUCACGCAGCUCAGCGAUCUGAACUUGGAAGACAAUCUUUUUGCAGGGAACCCCACUCAGCAGAUUGAACGACUUACCAAUCUGGAGGAGCUCAACUUGGGAAUGAAUCGGUUUGAAACUUUCCCGACGAUGAUGGGCGGCCUCACCAAUUUGCGUGUUUUCAGGAUGCCAUCCAACAAUGUUGGUGGUGCGGCUCCUGUUGACAUUACCACACUUACCAACCUGAGAGAUCUUGAUAUCAGUGAUAAUGGUAUUGCUGGCAAUAUGCCAUCCCUUGGAAACUUGCUCAAUCUUGAACGUUUGAAUCUGUCAGAGAACAUGUUCACGGGACCAUUGCCAACUGACUUGGGGGACCUUACCCGCCUAAACCUGUUGCUGGUGAAUGACAACCUCCUGACCGGCACCGUUCCCGAUGACUAUGUUUUCCUGAACCAACUGAACAUCAUGCGCAUAGACAAGAAUAGCUUGACAGGAGAUAUCCCAUCGACUUUCUGCGUCGCCAUCGAUACCUCUGGCGCGGCCUUGUUUGCCGACUGCCUAGAAGUGAAUUGCCCUUGCUGCCUCUUUUGCUGUUUCGACCAGCUCACUGAAUGCAGGUGCACACUUGCUUCUGUUGCGCCGGAUCAGUGUGCUAUUGAGCUCUGA